CAGUUUCACUUCUCAUUAGUGCAGUGCAGGAAGUACAAGUCGCAUGUCUUCACUUGUCUGCAGCCACAGUACGAACAGAAAUCAAAAUCCUUCUGCAAGAACUUUUUAUUCAACUUCGUCCGCCAUCUGUUCCUCAUUUCAGGUAAGGGAGGCACAGAAGAAAAAAAAAAAUGCUUCCAUGUGUGAUGGUAGUUUUUGUGCUCCUGUCGUGUGCCUGUGGAGAGAACCCUGCAGUACAAGUCAUCCUGACAAACAAAGGGCUUCAGUACGGAAAACAUGAGGGCACAGGAUGGAUCCAGAAGGAGUUGGAGCAAAUAACCUUUCCUGACAUCAGUGGCAGCGUUAACAUCUACAUCGGAAAUGUAUACUACACACUAUCAGGUGUGACUAUAAAAAAGUGCGACCUUCCAGAGCCCAACGUAGAGUUUGUCCAGCAGAAAGGCUUGACGACAUCAAUAGCAGGUCUCAGUUUUGCUCUUACUGGGGAGUGGAGGACUCGUUUUCAUGCGAUACAUGACGGCGGAUCAUUCGACAUGGCUAUAUUUAACAUCGACGUGACCUCUGCAGUGCAGCUCGGGAGUGAUGCUGGGGGGCAUCUGUCUGUCAGCAGCAUCUACUGUAAAGCUUCGGUCGGAGAUGUGGCCAUGGAGUUCUACGGUGGAGCCAGUUGGAUUUUCCAGCCAUUUGUCAAGCAUUUCAAAGGACAUAUCAUUGGGAGAAUACAAAGUCAAAUCUGUCCUGAAGUUGAGAACUCCAUCAUGGACUUAGACCACCAUCUACAGGCAAUGAACGUUUCCUUUGACGUAAAUGAAGUUCUUAACUUUGACGUCCCCCUCACUGGCGUCCCUGACAUUGAACCUUCGAAUAUGAAGUUAGGGUUAAAGGGGGAGUUCAACAGCAUCAAAACUCACAAGGAGCCUCCAUUUGUGGCCCAGGAGUUCAUCUUGCCUGAGCUGCCAGGUUAUAUGCUGUCAGUGGGCAUAUCAGAGUUCACGCUGAACUCUGCCUCAUUUGGGUACUUCUCAGCAGGGGAGCUUCAGGCCCUCAUCAAUGACAGCAUGAUACCGCCAUAUAUUCCUUUCCACCUGAAUACCUCAUCAAUGGGAGCGUUCAUCCCUCAGCUUCCCAAGAUGUAUCCGGGUUUGCUGAUGAAUCUUCAGGUGUAUGCCAGACAGGCUCCAAUGUUUUCCUUCCAGCCCGGCUCUGGUAUUCUGGAUGUCCACGUUGGUGUAAAGGCCACUGCCAUUGAAGCCAAUGGUACACAGGUCCCUCUGUUCACACUCUACGUUGACUCAAGUUUCACCAGUAAAAUGAUGAUUGCUGACGGAAAGCUGAAGGGCUCCAUGAUGUUGAAUAAUGUUACCUUGACACUGGGGCCAAGCGAAAUUGGAGUCUUUAAGACUGAUGCUUUGGAAAAUGGAAUAAGGACUGGGAUGGUUAUGGCCUUACGUAAACUGAAUGCAAAACUGGGAGAAGGGACCAUUUUACCAAGAAUGAAACACGCACAACUGGUCAACACAGUCCUGGAAAUGCAGAAGGGGUUUGUAGCCAUUUAUUCAGAUGUGCAGAUUCUGCAAACAGACAGAAGCUCCUACUUAUCAACAUCAUACUUGUGAAACAUUCUUUUUUGUUCUUGGCUCACACUCAAAAUCUAAACAGCCUUAAAUUAUCGGGUUUGAAUCUCUCUCCACGAGAGAAAUGCAUCUUUGACUGGAAUAUAAACCUGAAUCUGCCACACCUUGCUACCCAAUGCAUACUAACACAUAAACAGAAAAUUAACACAUGUACAAAAUAUGACCGUUCGUCUGGUGCUCAGCAAAACAACUGACCAACAACUGGAAGAAUGCUGCCUGUAUUUGUUCAGCAAUAAAUAUUAAUAUGCUUCAGACAU